UAAAACUUUUCUUUCGUUUCAUAAUUUGUUAUAAUCAUUAUGGGCAAAGUCAAGAUCGGAAUCAAUGGUUUUGGAAGAAUUGGUAGAUUAGUGGCUAGAGUGGCGUUGCAGAGUGAUGACAUUGAGCUUGUUGCUGUCAAUGACCCCUUUAUCACUACUGAAUACAUGACCUAUAUGUUCAAAUAUGACACCGUUCAUGGCCAAUGGAAGAAACACGAGCUUAAAGUUAAGGAUGAAAAAACUCUUCUCUUUGGCGAUAAACCUGUCAAAGUAUUUGGUGCUAGAAACCCCGAAGAAAUUCCAUGGGGUGAGGCUGGAGCAGACUACGUCGUUGAGUCCACUGGUGUUUUCACUGAUAAAGACAAAGCUGCAGCUCACUUGAAGGGUGGUGCAAAGAGAGUUGUUAUUUCAGCCCCUAGCAAGGACGCGCCCAUGUUUGUAAUGGGUGUAAAUGAGAAGGAAUACAAAGCAGAUAUUAACAUUGUGUCUAACGCUAGUUGCACUACUAACUGUCUUGCUCCAUUGGCUAAGGCUAUUAAUGACAAAUUUGGUAUCGUUGAGGGUCUAAUGACCACGGUCCAUUCUAUUACUGCAACACAAAAGACAGUUGAUGGUCCUUCGAUGAAAGACUGGAGAGGUGGACGUGCUGCUGCUCAUAACAUCAUCCCUAGUAGUACCGGAGCUGCCAAGGCUGUUGGCAAAGUUCUACCAGCAUUGAAUGGAAAGUUAACUGGUAUGGCUUUUCGUGUUCCAACUGUUGAUGUUUCAGUGGUUGAUCUAACCGCGAGGAUUCAGAAAUCAGCUACCUAUGAUGAGAUCAAAGCAGCUCUCAAGGCUGAGUCUGAGGGAAACAUGAAGGGAAUUCUUGGCUACACCGAAGAUGAUGUAGUUUCAUCUGAUUUCAUCGGUGAUUGCAGGUCAAGCAUCUUUGAUGCCAAGGCUGGUAUUGCUCUCAAUGGGAACUUUGUUAAGGUUGUCUCGUGGUAUGACAACGAAUGGGGAUACAGUAACCGUGUUAUCGACUUGAUUCGUCACAUGUCAACUGUUGUAUAAACAGUUAAUAUUUCUAUGAAUGGUUAGAGUUCAGCAAAGAAGCAUUGAAGAAGAUAUGGAAUAAUAGAGAAGUAGAGAUCAGUGCAUUAUAUCCCUUUUGU